GUCAUCACUGGUCAUGGCACUGGCUCUAGCUAGCUAGUAGCGAGACUACUAUAGCUAGAGUACCGUACUUGCUACCCCUUGACUUCUACAAAUACAAAUAAUACCCAAUGGCAAGGGUCAUGCUAAUGGCUGUUCCAGAACUAUUAGAAUGAUAGAGAAGAAGAAGCAAUCUAAUAGAGAAGAGAAAGACGAUUCAGCAGACUCAGUAAAGUUAGUUCCUUCCCAUGUCUACGUUCGCAUCCGCCCCACCGUCUUUGACGGAUCCGGCCAUGAUCAAGAUGCUCCUGGAGUGGCCAAGUCUCUGGCAGGCUACAGUGACACGUCCAUUACGUUGAACACACAGUACAUGUUCAGCAAGGGAUCCAACGAAUACAGGUUUCCCACUCAAGUCUUUGCUCCCGACUCGACACAAGAACACGUCUACAACGUUGUCUUGCCAGCAUUGGUCCAACAAGUUGUGACACACAAUGAUGCCAUGCUCUUGAGUUACGGUCAGACAGGCACUGGAAAGACUGUUACCAUUUUUGGAUUUGAACCGUCCUUGAAACAACAAUCUGCAACCACCAACUCAAUUGACCCCAACUGGGGCAUUUUGCCGAGAUUGACAUUGGAACUCUUUGCCAAAUUGCCACAAUCCACCACUGUCAUUGCCAUUUCCGCCAUGGAGUUUUAUCUCGCCAUGAUUGUCGAUCUGCUACAAGAUGAUACGGAUCAAAACACCGUUCGUUUGGAUGCCCACAACAAACCAGCGGGCUACCGACGCGUGGUACUGACAACUCCCACGGAUAUCUGGGAGAUUAUUGAAAAAAUCCUGGCACGACGGAGUUCGCGGGGAACUCACAUGAAUCAUACCCAGGACGAUCAUGCCGGAUCCAGUCGAUCCCAUUGUGCCAUUCUCUUUACCAUACUCCAAUAUGACGACGACGCCUCACGUUUUCGACAAACCCAAUUUCACUUGGUCGAUUUGGCCGGGGCCGAACGACCCUCCAAAGUAGGAACGGGAGAGGACAAUCUACAAGGGAGUGGUGCCACGGCCUUUUACAAAUUGUACAGAGGAGAAACCAUGACGGCAUACGAAGAAGGCUGUCUGAUCAACUACGAAUUGUUUGAAUUUUGCAAAGAAAUCAAAAUGGCCACGUCGCUACACAAAACCAAAAAACCCUACAUGGCACCACGACAAUGUGGAACCAAUCUGACCAAAUACCUAGGCAGAUGCAUCGAUGGACGCGCCUUGUUGGCCAUGAUUGUUUGUAUCAGUCAGGCUCCGCAGUGUGGUUGGGAAACGUGGUUUUCCAUGAAUUAUGGCACCGAUCUAGCCGGGUUGUGUACUCCGACCCAUCCCGCCAAAUGGUUCGAGUUGGACACAUCCGUGCAGAAAUGUGUGCAAGCACUCCAAAAAGCGCAACGGACGUUGGAGGAUCACGAGAAACAGCAUGCUGGUAGCAACACGCAUCCCAAUGCCCGACGAUGGCAUGGGCAGAAACGAACGGACGUGCGAGAGGCUGCCGAAAAAUUAAAGCUAUUGCAAUGUUUGCAGGAAAAGAUUAAAAGUGCUCCUUGAAGGAACUUACUUGGCGACAUGUCCCUACUAGCUAGCUACUAGCCAGUACCAUGGUAGAAGUUUGAGCCUGCACUACAAAAUGUAACACCUUUUCGGACGUCGCAUUUGGUCGUCUUCGAUUCACUCUCGGGAUUGAUUCAAAGGGAGGAAGAGGAAUGGCUUGCCACUCACUUGCUUGUCUUGCCAGCAGUUUGUCUUCGUUGAUGACCAUAGUCUGGUUCUUGCAGAUUUCGGCGUUGGUUUCAGCGUGAAAAGGACGGAGCAAAUGCGAAGUUUCCACGGGAACAGAUCGUGGAUCUCCACGAUGCAUAGUUUCGCCGGUUUUUUGCAUUCACAAACUUUAGAAGCAACAGCAUCAGAAAUCAUCGAGUUCCACUUUUUCUAGCUAGCUAUUCUAACCUAU